CUCCACACUUCCCGUCUGGUGCCAUUCCACUCACGACCACUUACCGCCAUGAGUAUCACCGAACAAGAACAACGCUGUAAUGCGCUUCGACUCGAUCUGAAGCUCUGGGAGCGCAGAUUCAGCGACACGAAUGGAGGGCGCAAACCGGGACGCGACGAUAUCAAGGCUGACGCGGUAAUAUCACAGAAGUACAUAGAUUACGAGAACCUCAGAAAGGCGCUUGCCGUCAAGGUCGCCCCUACAACACCGAGGAAAGCCGAUAAACGGCGUGUUACCCACAACAUCGACCGAACAACGAAAGUGACCAAGACAACCGUCACGGCAACCACUCCAAAGAGGAAGCGUGAGGACAGCGGUGUUGCUGAGGAGGACGUGACUUCGCCGACUGAACUGCUUUCGCCUGAAGGGCCUGCAUUCAUUGGUCCCACGCCGCAACGCGAUGGUUACGCCAUAGGACUCUUCGAUCUUUUGCCCGCCGAGACACCAAGCAGAAGCAAGCGGACCGCACUAAUUGACGUGGAGCUGAACGUUGUGCAGACUCCAAGCAGAAAGGACGGCGAGACAUCACUUGAAUCGAGGCACCGUGGAGAAAAGACACCGCAAUCCACAGGCAAGAGGUUCUUGCUCGACUCGUUCCUAGCAGUCACGCCGAACAAGAGGAAGCUUGGAGAUGCGACAACGCCCAGCUCGAGGGGUCUCGCUACACCGGCGUUCCUUCGAAGAUACAACCCUCUCACGAAGAUCAACGAAGAUGAUGAGCCUGCUGCCCGACCUGCUCCCUGGGCGCGGAGACCUUUCGGCCGAAGCCUGAGUGCAAGGAUCCAGGCGAUGAGGCAAGAGGAGGAGAACCGGUUCGAAGAGGAAGCUGAUAUCAUGCGCGAGCUUGAGAUGGAGGCCGAAGGCAUGCCGGCACCGAAGAGGGUCAAGAUGCCAGAGAUCCAAGUGGAGGACAGCCAAGCUGCAAUGCCUUUGGGUCCCGAUCGCGGUCUAGAGAGUGAGGGUGAAGAGGAAGAAGAUACUGGGCUGGGCCCAGACGGGCAACCCAGGAAAGUCUGGAAGAAGAGGGGUCUCAAGAGGCAGACGAGGCGCGUCAUCAUGCGACCCAAUUUCAUCAAAUCAAAACCUCAACCUGAGAUGCAGCCUGACGAAUCCGACGACGAGGCAAAGGUCGCGGAAACUCAGAUCGACCCUCUCAAUACUUCCAACGGACCUAACUUGUCUGUCUUUGAUGAGGACGAUGGGUCAGACUACGCAAGCGACGCGUCCCAUAGCAUCAAAAAGAAUAAGACGCAGCAACGCAAACCCAAGGCCGCGUCAACGACGCAGGCCACGGACGAUAAGAACGACAAAAAGGGCAAAGAAGGAACGAUCAAGGCAGCUGCACGUAAGAUCAAGCCGUGGGCACACGCGAAUUACCAGAGGCUCAAGAUCAGAGGCAAUGGGGGAAAUGGCGGGUCGGGUGCGCCUUGGUGCAGCCGGUCCCCCAGGUCGUGGAGCCCCGAAGCUCGGGCCUCUCAACCUCCGCCGCCUCAAGCUGCAGCACCGCGCAACCGGACCAACACAUCUAAUCCCCCGCCACCAGUCCUGCAACCCGCCCCGACUCCCAAUCACCCCAAACCGCCCUCGCCACAUCCACACACCAUGGCCGAGAGAGAGCUUGCAGAUCUGCUCAAGCAGCUCCACAAGACGCUGCAGUCGAAGCAGUACCAGCAAGCCGGCUCGAUACUCUCACGCGCAAAGAUCGCCCUGCUCGGUCUCAACACCCUCAUCCCGGCCGAGUCAACACCAUUCAAGCACCUACUGCUUGCCCGCGAAACCCUCGAGCUCGGUGCCAUCAUCUCGAUCCGUUUAAAAGACCCGCAUUCCUUCACCCGCUACUUCCAGCAACUGCAGCCCUUCUACUCCCUUCCCGAGGAUAAGCUCCCGGCCAAAGGCAGCAACGCAAGCAAGAUCACCGGCCUGUAUCUGCUGCUGUUGCUGAGCGACGGUGACUACGCGGGGUUCCACACGCUGCUGGAGACGCUCGAGGUGGCGGCUGCGCAGGCAGGGCGGGGACUUGAGGACGAUGCAUUCAUUCAGUAUCCGAUAAGAUUGGAGCAGGCGCUCAUGGAGGGCAGCUACGACCAGGUGUGGAGGCAGACGAAGGGCUCGAAUGCGCCCAGCGAGGAGUUUGCGUUGUUCUCUGAUGUGCUCAUCGGCACCAUUCGUAGUGAGAUUGCGUCGUGCAGCGAGAAAGCGUACCCCUCGAUCCCCAUCUCCGACGCCAAGUCGCUCCUCUUCCUCGAGUCUGAAGGCAGCGUCGUCAACUUUGCGAAGGAGCGCAAGUGGGUUGUCAAGGACGGCAGGAUAUACUUCCCGAGCGAGGACGGCGAGUUCGGCAGCAAGGACAUACUCGUGACGAGCGACCAGGUCAUCGAGAACACGCUGGGCUACGCGCGGGAGCUGGAGACGAUUGUUUGAGUGGGGAAUGGCGGGAUGUGUGCAGUGGAGACAACAGUGCAGCGUGAGAGUACUGUACGAUACUUUACGAUUGGCAUGGGGGGGCGGUAUGGCGCGACACACAGUUACUACUGGUGCGGCGGGCUAGGAUAGACCGGCUUAAGGGAUGCUCUUCAGCCGGAACGUAAUGAAAACAUUCCUGGCAUCAUUCACGUCUACUCAUGUUGCGAUCGUGUAGGCCUGCUCUAGCGCUCGCAUCUGCUGCAACGGGUAAUGCAUGAAGCAAGAGC